GCCACGACGCACGUCUUCUUCCCUGCGCUGACAGCAGCUGCAGUGGCAGUGACACUGACUUUCUUCGCUCUUCUGCGAGAAACUGAAAGUGAAGCUUGGAGUUCCCAUGGUGCAGUGGUGCGUUCAAUCCGUCGGUGCAAGUUCUUCCGUUCGUGCUUCUUCCCGCUUAUGAUAGAGGUCAGCCAGACGGCACCCGUACUGUGCGUUCAGCGCCUGUACGUGCUUGCUGCGCUUAUAACAAGAAGACAAUGCUGAAGGACUUGUAAGGAACACCAUCAAUCAUCUAUCUGGCGCUCCGCCAAGGAAGUGUUUCGUGCAUUCUUGGAACCAACAUGGCCUCGACAGCCAUCGCACGUUUUAAAUGUGGUUCACUUGGGCCCUCUGUCUUGCUCAAACCGUCCAAGCAACCGGCUGCCACUCAAAGGCGUCACCUGGUGGCUGCAAGCCUACACCCACCUCCAAGCCUCUGCCGUCACUGGUCGUCAGCAGGUGAUAAGUAUACAUCAUCAGGGCAGCAUUUUGCAUCACCAAUUAGUGCAGAUAGUACUAAUAGAAUAAAUGUUUUGAGAAGCCAAAGCACCAGUUUGACAGGUUCAAAAGGGAAAAGGGGGCUGGCAGUGCGAGCCAACCGGACGGAUCAAGUGCAGGAGGCGAGCACUGUGCCGGACGCUCUGGCCGCUCAGAGUGGCGCCCUUGCUGACGGCCUGGUGGGAGAGGAUGCGGGGGUGUUCGACGUGACGGCACAGAAGACAUCGUCCUGGGUUAAUUUCACCAUCGUUUUAGCUGUAGUGCUGGCCAUCCUGUAUGUGGUGUGGAUAGACCCCACUACUGGCUUUGGCGGGAAGUACAUUGAUGCAUUGGAAGGAGCAGUAGGAGGAAGCCAUGAGGCUACUAUCAUAGCACUCCUCUCAAUCUUUGCCCUAGUACAUAGCGGGGGGGCCGCACUUAGAGCAAAAGCAGAGGAUAUCAUUGGGGCACGCGCGUACAGGGUACUCUUUGCCGGCCUGUCGCUUCCGCUGGCAGUCUCCUCGGUUGUCUACUUUAUAAACCAUCGGUAUGAUGGAACACAGCUUUGGCAGCUGCGCACAGUCCCGGGGGCUCACGAGCUGGUGUGGAUUGUGUCCUUCAUCUCGUUUUUCUUUCUGUACCCCUCCACCUUCAACCUGCUCGAGGUAGCUGCAGUAGACAAGCCCAAGUUGCACAUGUGGGAGACCGGCAUCCUCAGGAUUACCCGUCACCCCCAGAUGACGGGCCAGCUUUUGUGGUGUCUGGCCCACACUCUGUGGAUCGGCAACUCCUUCACGCUCGUCACCUCUCUCGGGCUCUGUGCGCACCACCUAUUCGGAGUUUGGCACGGGGACCAACGGCUAGAAGCCAAGUACGGGGACGCUUUCCGAACGGUCAAGGCGCGCACAAGCGUUGUGCCCUUCCAGGCAAUCAUAGAGGGCCGCCAGAAGCUCCCACAGGAUUGGUACAAAGAGUACCUUCGGGUGCCGUACUUUGUUAUCGUCGGGUUUACGCUCGGGGCGUACUUUAGCCACCCUCUGAUGCAGCAAGGGAGCUUCUGGCUGCACUGGUAGUAUGCGGCCGCGGAAACUCGAUGUAUUGGUUGCCGCUGAGUUACGCCGCCUUUGCAGCCAAGGUUAAGGGGACACUAUUGUUCGUUUUCGCCUCGGAGACUAGAUCAACCUGUUGGCAACGACAGAUUGUGGUCCCCAAGAUCCAUCUGGGUCAUGCAGUGUGCCUUCUCGGCAGCUUUCGAGUGUCCGAGUUGACAAAUGCAAUCGUUUUGUGAGGUUAAGGUUCCUCUAGACUCGAUCAUGCUAUACAAAGAGACGAGCCGCC